AUGGCGGUAAAGAGACUUUCCAGUCUCGCUCUUCUCGCGGUAUUUUGGUCGAUUUCCUCGCAGGAAGUGAUUAGAAUAGAAUUGUCAGACAGUGAUAAACUACGGGAACUGUCACGCUUCUGGACUAGCACUGGAUUCUGUCCUCCAGCGCCGAUAAAUGAGUCUUCAUCCUUUCUGUUGUCGUCUAGUGUCAGGCAAAACCUGGAAUUGAUAGCUUCCAUCCCAAAUUCUGGCAUAACUCACGUCCGGACACAUUGGAUUCUUCAACUAAUUGAAGCAAGGAUCUCAAAGAAUUCUCCGGACUUCUCAUUCCGGGAGAUGAAUAAGUUCAUCAAUAUCUUGAGGAGAAAUCACUUGAAUCCUCAUAUUGAGUUUAUGGGUGAUCCUGGAAAAAUCCUGACUGGAAAAUGCUCAUCUGAGAAAAAGAUUUUGUGGAAAAAAUUAACUUUCCAACUCACAAUGAACUUCGUGCAGAGAUUUGGUUUGGCAUUCUCAAAUAACUUCCGUUUUGAGACCUGGAAUGAGCCUGACCUAGCCAGUUACAACACACUAAACUUCACAAGAUCGGGAUUCAUUGAUUAUGUGGUUGCCAUUCGGGAAGGACUGACGGCAGUGCAGAUAAUCUUCCCGGGAUUCCAGUUCAAACUUCGCGGUCCAGCCGGCGUGUUCCACAAAAGGGAACUUCACCAGCUCUGCUACGGAAUCCUGGAAUACUGCUCCAGUAAUCCCUGCCCAGUAGACAUCUUGACCUUCCACAGAAAGGGCCUGGGUGAGGCGAAGCAAAUACUCAGCGGAGGAUUGAAUCUGCUGAGCAACUUGACGAAGGAAUUUCCAUGGAUCAGCAAACUUGGAGUUUCCAAUGACGAGGCUGAUCCCACCACUGGUUGGUCUCAUCCUCAGGCCAUGAAUUCUGACGUGAGAUACGCGGCGAAGCUGGCCAUGACUGUCCUUCUCCACUUGAACGCCAAGCAGAGAGGAUGGCUAAAGAAUCUGGAGUCCAUCAGUCAUGACAAUGCCUUCCUGAGCUAUCAUCCACAUGAGUUUAACCAGAGAACCCUUCUCGCGCACUUCAGAAUGAACGCCAGUCGUCCAGUUUACUCGGAGUUUGUGAAGAAGCCUGUUUUGGGAGCCCUGACUCUCCUGUCCAACUUGGGCAGUCUUUCAGGAAGUGUCAAGGCGUCUCAGAACGUCACUUUCCUCGUCACCAGGAGUAACAAGGACACUGAGAUGCUCUAUGCCUGCAUAAUCUUCGUCUCGACAAGAAAAUUGCCUCCUGAACAAUAUCAGAUUCGCGUGAAACUGCCUUCCGGACAAAACUUGGUAGCAUUUGCUGAGAUUCUGGACAAUGAGAGAACGAAUCCUGCGAAAGUUUGGCAAGAAUACUCUUCACCAGCCUUCCCCAGUCAGAAAAUCUUCACCAGGAUGCGAAGAGUUCACACGCCAGCUGUUUUGAUUCCUCCACAGCCUGUGACGGGCGUAGAAUUCACUGCAGAUCUCAGACUCGCAGCUCCCUUUGUCGUCUCCUUGAGAUUCUGCGAGAACUCCACCAGUAAUCUUCCUCAGCGCAUCAAAAAUCUCCGACUGAAUCGCCUGUCCAGCAGCAGAGUGACAAUUGUCUGGAAUGAGGACUUCAGGGCAUCGAGAUGCACCCGAAACUACCAGAUCUUCUUCAGGGCGGUGGGAAAGAGUAGAUGGAGAGAGAUUUCUCGCGGAUGGCACAUUCCAGAUCUCUCCUUCGACUUCUGGAGCGCUCAAGGAAUAGCCGGAGCUUAUCGCGUUCGAUCCGUGGACGUCAUGGGCCGAAUGGGGCGCUUCUCAAAGACUCGCUUUGUCAAAAGUGCCUGUUUACUCGAUGAAUAA